GCGCACAGUGCCCUGCUCUCUCCACUGUUUGCAUUGUGUCUGAACGGAACAGAGCCGGACCGGCGAGCCCGUCCUUCGAAUAUUAACCCCCCUCCCCUUAACGCGGCAAUGUCGGGCAGGUCGGUCCGAGCGGAGACCCGGAGCAGGGCCAAGGAUGACAUCAAGCGAGUUAUGGCCGCGAUCGAGAAAGUACGAAAAUGGGAGAAGAAAUGGGUGACUGUGGGAGACACGUCCCUUCGUAUCUACAAAUGGGUGCCGGUGACGGAGCCCAAGUCGGAUGACAAAAACAAGAACAAGAAGAAAGGCAAGGAUGAGAAAUACGGUUCCGAGUUGACCACCCCCGAGAACAGCUCCUCUCCCGGCAUGAUGGACAUGCACGAUGACAACAGCAACCAGAGCUCCAUCGCCGACUCUUCGCCCGUCAAACAGGAAACAAGUUGUAGCACCAGCCCGGCACCAGAGUCUGCCGGAGCCUCUCACCGCGAGAAUAGCGACAUCAAGACCGAGCAAAGUCCAGACACUAAGAGGGGUAAGAAUGCGGCGUCGGCGGAAGCGUCUGAGCGAAGCGCAAAGCGGGACCCCGAAAAAGACUCCAACGGCAAAGCCACUCAGGUAACCAUGACAACGGGUCCGCUUGUACCCACCACAGACAAAGGAGCCACCAAUCGGUGUUUUGGGUUUGUCUCUCAGGAUGUGGACCAAGAGGCCCCGCCCACAAAGAAGUGCAAAGUGGAGUCUCAGGACUUUGAGGAGAGUUAGUUUCCUCGAUGCCUCCCCCCCUCCAUUAACUCUAUUAGGGCUAAUGGACUCCCACAGACACCCCCGCCCCCCCCCCCCUCUCCGUACCAAAGGGAGUAUCGACACGCACACCCUCCCCACCUCAUCCGCCUUCUGUCCACCACGGAUGUUAGAAAUCUGAGGCCGCGCUUCCAGUCCACCAACAUGGAGCAUCCACCGGGAUAGAUGAUUCCAGUGGUUUCCGGGUGCGGGGGGGGGGGGGGGGGUGCCCUGAUGGUCCCGCUAGAUUGAUUUUAGGGUUUCUUUUCCUCAGGAGGGUCAACGCACUGUUACGAAAAACGGAUCACAGGAGAAAAAAAAUGUGCUGCUGUUAGUGGAAGUCUCUUCUCUCUCUCCAUGGAGACGGUGUCCCGCUUUUUUUACCGAAGGCGGCUUGUGGUGCCAUCUUAUUGGUUUUGCCUUAAAAAUUCAUUCCGGACAGACAUCCUGUAGGUUCAGUUAGCUUAGCACAAAGUCAGGAAGCAAUAUCGAGCCUUUCUGUCCUCCUUGUAGGAUGAGAGGCUGGCAGUUGGUGGUGCCAUCUUUUAUUUUGCCUUAAACUUGAUUCCAUACAAAAAAAUGAAAGGGGCCAUGUCAUCGUACACUACAGGUUCAGUUAAUGUUGCAUAUUUUAGCAUAAAGUCCGCAAGCAUUUAUUUUGGGGGGGUUCCAGGUUUAGUGGUAACUUCUUAGCCUGACGGGUUUUUUUUUUUCUUUUCUAAACGGCAUAAACCAGGUGACCUGACAAAAUUAGUGUAUCUUAACCAGAAAACGGGAGUACAAAUUGCGGCCUAAUUAGCUGAAUGCUGAAUUUUCCAUGUGGCAGUUGUAGCGUAGUUUAGCAUAAAGUCCAAGAGACAGGAAAGACGGAGGUGCACCCUGCUGCUUGUGGGCUUGGCGCUACCGUCCUCGCAUUUUUAAUGUCAACGAUGCCCAUUAAUGUUCGUGCAUCUUAGCUACAAAAUAUUCUAGGAACCCAACAAAGUUGGCAUAGCUUGACGAAACGUCUGAAUGCAGGACGAAACCAGUAAAUAGGAUGACAAAACGAGGCGUUUUUGACUUGAUACUAAAGUCGCUGCUUUUUUUUUAAAUGGACCUAUCCAGGCAACCAACCGGGUUAGGAUAUUUUAGCAUAAAAUCAGGAAAAUGAGAUGACAAAGAGCCCUGUUUUGAAACUACUGCGUUCGUUUUUUUUUAUCAUCACUGUCAUCCUAACUCCCAAAUAGGUUAGCGUGUUUUAACAUCCAGGAAAGGUCAUGUCAGAAACAGGACAAAGCGAUGCUAACUUGCAAUUAGAAAAUGUUUUCCGUGAACAUUUUGUUUUCUGGUGCUGUCUAAUGGCUGGAUCCGCAUGGCUCUCGAUGUGAACUUCCCGCAGAUAGCAGACUGGCUAGCCGGCUAGCUAACGGGUGCGCGCACAUGGUCGGAGAGAAGAGACGCUGUUCGGAGGACGGAUUAGCAUAUACCUCAUUCCCAGUCCAGCCGCGCUGGAGUUUCCAAUGCUAUUCUGUAUGACAUUGACAGUGAAAUGACAUAGCAUUAAUAUUUGCGCUCCUUUUUUUCACCCCCACCCCAACACUUUGUAGCUUUUCACCCGAUUUGAGCCCAGGAGUCGCUUCCAAGUGUGUUCACAGUGUGAAAUCUUGUACCUCUUUUGUUUCCUCUUCUCACACCUUCUGGACCAGUUUUGUUUGUUUCAUUCUAGAACCUGUACAGAUUUAUGCUUUGUUUUGACUUAUUUAUUCCAUCGGUAGUGCUUGGUUUUUAUCGUCCAAUGGUUUUGUUUUCUUAAUAAAACUCUCAAAAUUU